AUGCAGAUGGUGCUGGAGGAACGGGACCUAUGGGAGGUCGUCAGCGGUGAGAUCAAGGCGGAACAGUGCGAGACUCAGUUGGACCAAGCGACGUACAAGAGGAAGUCAAGAAAGGCGAUGGCAGUGAUCUGUCUAGCCAUGGAAGAUUCCCAGCUACCGUUGGUCCGGUCGGCAAGUGGUGCAUGCGACGCAUGGUCAAGGUUGGAAGACCACUUCGAGAAGAAGAGUCUUGCCAACAAGCUGUUCUUGCGCCGUCGCUUCUUCACGACAAUGAUGGAAGAAGGCGACGAUGUGCUCGAACACAUCAACAAGCUCAAGACGCUGGCGGAACAGCUAGAAGCGGUGGGGGCUCCAGUCUGCGAGGACGAUCUGGUGAUCACACUCCUCGGCAGCCUGAGUGACUCGUAUCAAUUCUUGAUCACAGCUUUGGAGUCGCGCUCAGACACUCUUAGCUGGGAGCUCGUGACGUCUCGACUGCUUCAUGAAGAAAUGAAGCGGAAGGAGCAAGGAAGUAAAGGUGAUGAAGCUUCGCAAGGUCAAGCGUUCAUCACAAGGGGACAAUCAGCGCAAAGGGCGACCAGUGAAGAAGUCCUGGCCGUGCCACAAUUGCGGAAAGAUUGGUCACUGGAUGGCGGACGUGCUCAAGACAGCGGCGACCGCUAUCGAUCACAACGUGCAAACGUCGCUCAAGAAGAAGACUCGGGCGACUACCUCUUUUCGAUCGGUGAAACGACAUCUGCGAAAUCGAGCGACAUCUGGCUGGUCGACUCCGGGGCGACGCAGCACAUGACGUGCUCCAAGAAGUUCAUGCGGAACUACAAGGGGUUUGACGCUGUGGAUGUCCAUCUCGCGGAUGAUGGAAUCGUCCAAGCAAUCGGCAGUGGGGACAUUGUCAUGUCGAUGAAGACACCCCAAGGGAUGAAGAAAGGUGUGCUCACAAACGUGUGGCACAUCCCAAAGUUAUCCAGAAACCUGUUCUCGGUCGGCCGCUUCACCAAGGAUGUCGGCCCAGUGACGUUCACGAAGGAUGGGUGCUAUGGAGAAGCGAAAGGGACCAAGUGGAAAAUUGGUGCCCGUGAAGGUAAAGGACUGUUCAAGCUGCAAAUGACUCCAGUGGCGCCGGAACAAGCAAAUGCAGCCAAGUCGUCGGGAUGUCAAGGGGGCACCAAGUCGUACCUCUGGCACCUUCGGCUUGGCCACAUAGGUCACGAUGGACUCAAUUGCAUCGUGACGAAGAACAUUGGAAUUGGCAUCGACAUAUCUUCGGUGAAGAAGUGGGACGUGUGUGAAGGUUGUGCUCUGGGAAAACAGACUCGAGUGCGCUUCCAAUCAAACACUACAGCUCGCACCUCCAAACUCCUCGAAGUGAUUCACAGCGACGUAUGCGGACCGAUGUCGAUGGCAACUUUCAGUGGAAAACGGUACUUCGUGACAUUCAUUGAUGACAAGUCAAGAUACUGUGUCGUCUAUCUGCUCAAGAGCAAAUCUGAAGUUGCGGCGAAGUUCAUGGAAUACGCUGCGAUGGCCGAAACGCAAACCGGAAAGCGCGUGAAGUACCUUCAAAGCGACAAUGGGGGUGAAUACAAGUCCGACAAGCUGGCACGAUUCUGCGCGGAACGGGGAAUACAACAAAGGUUCACACCCCCAUAUACUCCUCAGCUAAACGGAGUAGCUGAGAGAAUGAAUCGCACGCUGGUCGAGUGUGCGCGUUGCAUGAUGGAACACGCUGGACUGGGAAAGAGCUACUGGGGUGAAGCAGUGAUGACGGCGAUGUUUCUUCGAAACCGCUGUCCAACACGUGCCAUUCACCAAGACAAGUCUCCAUAUCAAGUGUGGACGAUGAAGAAACCGAUUCUGGCCAACCUUAAAGUGUUUGGAUGCCACGCGUAUGUUCAAGUGCCUCAAGACAAACGCGCGAAGUUCGACUCCAAGUCAUCACUCUGUCGUUUCCUGGGAUACGCCGAACACCAGAAGUCAUAUCGAUUUGAGGAAGUGUCAACAGGAGCGAUCAAGAUCAGUCGCGAUGCCACAUUCAUGGAAGACAAGUUUGAUGAAGGUCCGCGCAACUACAACGAUGAGUCAAGUGUCGUUGAGUUUGAUGAUCAUGAUGAGGACGAAGAAAAAGAAGAAGGUAAAACUGACGACGACAUGGACUCGAGCGACGAUGACAACGAAGACACCAGGUCUUCGAAGAGCAACAUCAAGAGACACACGCGCACUCAAUCACUUGAGAAAGCUACCGUCAUUCCAAGUCCCAAGCGAAGAACAUACAGAGGUCCGUCGCUUGAGCAUGUGUCAGCGGCUGCAAUGGGUUUUUGA